AUGGACGCCAAGUCGGUGACGCCGAGCGCCGUGGCCCUCAUCCUCGCCAACCCCACGCCGGAGUCGCCCGACGACGUGCCGGAGAUCGUCGUGCAGGUCCUCGACCUCAAACCCAUCGGCUCCCGCUUCACUUUCAUGGCCAGCGACGGGGAGGCGAAGGUCAAGGCGAUCCUCUCCACCCACUUCGCGUCGGAGGUCCACUCCGGCAAGCUCCAGAACCUCGGCCUCGUCCGCAUCCUCAACUACACAUGCAACGACAUCCCACAAAAGACGGACAAGAUGGUGAUCAUCACCAAGUGCGAGGUCGUGUCCCAGGCUCUUGACGCCGAGAUCAAGAGCGAGGUCAAGAUAGAAGAGCCAUCGGUUCUCAUGAAGCCCAAGGAGGAGGCUGCGGGUCUCUCCAAGCCCAUUGGCGCCGCCCCGGCUACGAUUAUGCUGAAGCCAAGGCACGACGUGAAGUCCGCGUCCCAGAUUGUUAGCGAGCAGCGCGGAAAUGCUGCUCCCGCUGCUCGCUUGGCCAUGACGAGGCGGGUGCAUCCUCUGAUCUCCCUCAACCCCUACCAGGGCAACUGGGUCAUCAAGGUGCGGGUCACAAGCAAGGGCAACCUCAGGUCAUACAGGAAUGCCCGUGGAGAAGGCCAUGUCUUCAACGUAGAGCUCACUGACGAGGAUGGCACCCAGAUCCAGGCCACCAUGUUCAAUGAGGCUGCAAAGAAGUUCUAUCCUGUGUUUGAGUUGGGGAAGGUCUACUACAUUUCCAAGGGUUCACUCAGAAUCGCGAACAAGCAGUUCAAGACAGUCCAGAAUGACUAUGAGAUGACCCUGAAUGAGACUGCUGUUGUUGAAGAGGCUGAGGGGGAAUCUUUCAUUCCACCAGUGCAAUACAACUUUGUCAAGAUUGAUAUGCUGGGGCCAUAUGUUGGUGGCAGGGAGUUAGUAGAUAUUAUUGGUGUUGUUCAGAGUGUAUCACCUACCCUGAGCAUCAGAAGAAAGAUUGACAAUGAGUCAAUCCCAAAGCGUGACAUUGUUGUUGCAGAUGACUCGAACAAAACUGUCACCAUUUCUCUUUGGAAUGAUCUUGCCACCACUGUUGGUGAGGAACUCUUGGACAUGGUUGACUCUGCACCUAUCAUUGCAGUGAAGAGCCUGAAAGUAUCUGACUUUCAAGGUGUGUCUGUUUCUACAGUAGGCAAAAGCACACUUGUGAUUAACCCAGAGUUGCCUGAGGCUGAGAAGCUUAGAGCUUGGUAUGAAUCUGAAGGCAAGGGUACUACCUUGGCAUCAGUUGGUGCUGGAAUGGGUGCAUCCAACGCUGGUGGCUUGAGAUCAAUGUACUCUGACAGAGUUUUUCUGUCUCACAUCACAAGUGACCCUAACUUGGGCCAGGACAAGCCUGUUUUCUUCAGCCUGUAUGCCAACAUAAGCAACAUUAAGCCUGACCAGACCAUGUGGUACCGUGCUUGCACCACCUGCAACAAGAAGGUGACUGAGGCGCUUGGAUCAGGAUUCUGGUGUGAAGGGUGCCAGAAGAACUAUGAGCAGUGCUCAUUGAGGUACAUCAUGGUGAUCAAGGUCUCUGAUCCCACUGGCGAGGCCUGGCUGUCUCUUUUCAAUGACCAAGCAGAGAGAAUUGUUGGCUGCAGCGCAGAUGAGCUUGAUCGGAUCAGGAAAGAGGAGGGUGAUGACAUGUUCCAGCUCAAGCUGAAGGAAGCCACCUGGAUUCCCCACCUGUUCCGUGUCAGCGUGGUGCAGAACGAGUACAUGGGUGAGAAGAGGCAGAGGAUCACCGUGAGGAGUGAGUCGCCGGUCGACUACUCUGCUGAAGCAAGGUACCAGCUUGAGGAGAUUGCCAAGCUCACCUCCAGCUAG